AGGAAACAUGUCGUUCAACCCGGAAAACGUAACAAAACGUUGCGCACCGGUUUAAGCUUGAACGUGCCCAGAAUUAUUCAUUUGAUAUUGGAAGAAGUCCACACCCAAAAGCUGAGUUUGUACAGGCAGAUCUAUUGUCAGAACUCUCCGAGUCAGUGUUCAGAGCUCAACUUGAUAGCUGAAUCGACGGCAGUGUCUUGUUCUACAGACUUUAUCCUGAGAAAUACAAGGAAUCUUUGGUCUGUGAGAGCAGAUCUGUCAAUGGCUUCACAGACCAUAAACUUCAUCACUUGGAAUGUUAAUGGACUUAAGCAACACAAAGAUCAGAAAUUUCAAGAACUGCAAAAUGCUGAUGUCGUUUUCUUACAGGAAACGCACAUUGGAGUAGGAAAGGAAAAUAUUACAGAAGGUCUAAAAAAUGAGUGGCAUGUUUUCUACACAAAAUAUACCCCCUUUAGCAAGGGCACAGCCAUACUAGUGAGGAAAAGACUAGAUUUUGAAUGUAUAAGUGAUGAAAAGGAUAACUGUGGAGCUUAUGUUGUGUUAAAAUGUAAACUGGAAGGUCAGCUGUACACUCUUGUUAGUGUUUAUAAUCAUGAAAAAGACACAAAAACCCUUGAUAAUCUUUCAAGGUACCUUCAGUCAAUGACCACAGGGCUGCUGGUGAUUGGUGGAGAUUUCAACACAGUUCUCAAUAGAUUUACUGACAAAAAAUGGAUUACCUACAAGAUGAUAAAGAACAGAACUCAUAGUAAACUGCUCUCAUUUGUGGAGAAAUUAACAAAAUCUCUUCAGCUGGUUGAUGUCUGGAGAAGAAAGAACCCCAAAAAGCAGGAUUAUACAUUCCACAUAAAAGAUUGUCCUGUGUCCAGGCUGGAUUACUUCUUUGUUCCAGAAGAAUGUAUGUGGCGUGUCAGUAGUUGUGAAAUCAGGCACUCAAAGAUCACAGACCAUCACCCUGUGUCUUUAGAGAUCAACAACAUCCCCGCAAUGCCUUUUCAGAAUGAUCCACAGAUACAAUCAAUCUACCAACUUUUGAAUCAUAAAAAUGAUCUUUUGACAGAUGAGAUGGGUUCAUCACUGGGUGAAGAAAGCUCACAUGCGGUCAGUGAAGUUGACAUUGUGUCAGCUGUACAUUCUCUUCAAGUAUCAGACACACCGAGACCAGACGGCAUCCCAGUUUCCUUCUAUAAAAACAACAUUCAGGUCAUAAUUCCGUACAUUAAGACACUCUAUGACAGAAUCCAUAGUGGUGCAUUUAACUGCUCUGAGACAUAUUUUAAUGAAUCUCUGAAAAGUUCAUAUAAUGAUAGUCAACACUUUUUUAAUGUUGACUAUCUCAUCAUCGCAACUAUUCUGGCAAGACGUCUAGAAGAUUUCUUGAAGCCUGAGUCAAAGGGGAUGCUAAAAGAUUCGGCUACUAUCAUGAUCACUUCUAAAACACUCAGCACUCAAACAAUUCUAUGCUGUCUUAAGGAUGAGAUGGAGCAAAAGCUGUCAAAUUCAACCCUUUAUCAGGACUUUCUCACUGUGCAAAAUCUCCUCAGAGAUGCAGAGGAUUUUUCUUCCCAGAAAGACAACUUGCUGUGCCAGGGCUGCCCUUUGACCCCAAUACUCAUAACUUCAACACUAAAAUGUUACACCUUAAAGCUAUGUAAGAAUUUAAGCAAUUAUGCAAUUCAUGUUUUCAAACUAAGUGUGAUAGUUUGCAUUCCUUCUGAGGACCUAGAUAAGGUAAAUGCUAUGGUGAACAGGACCAAUGAAGAAUAUGAUAUUGAGACAUUAUCUAGUGGAAAAGGACAUAAACCGUUACAUCUAAGUAGCGUGCAUGAUAAGGCUUCAGGUGAGGAUUGGGAUGAAGUCAUGGAAGCAGCAGAACAAAAUUGUCCUGAAAGUGAUACAGAGAGUGAGGUGUGUGAAGAGAGUGAUUAUGGGUCUAAUGGACAUGAGGAAAAAGAUAAAUCAAUGGAAAGUGAUGGAAGGACGACCAUGUAUGCAGUUGUUACCUUGCAAGACUCAGAUGAGGUGAUGGUGGUAGCAUCAAACUGGUUAAGCGAAGACAAGAACCAAUGUUACUGGCCUCCAUUCAAAUCAACAAUAAAAUGCUUGGAAGCUGUUCAGAAUAGAAUUGAGCCUUCAACAGGAGAGAAACCAUGGGAGAAAUUAGCUAUUCUGUUUCAUGCAGAAUAUGGCACUUAUGAGCAGGCCAAGGAAAAGCAAGCAGCAGUGAGUGAACAGACAGAACAACCAGUCAAACCAAAACAUCAAGUAAUAGAAACAUCUCCAUUGUCUUCUGUACCAUCACAAUCUGCUCUGUCAGGAAUUUCUUCUGAUGGCAGUUUGGCCCAAAACAUCCAGCCUAUAAUAGUCAACCAAGGCAUUAAAAGAAAACAUGAAUCAUGUGAUUCACAUACCAGUGCAAAGCCACAUUCAGAUAUGUUCGAAUUGAAGAUGGCGAAACAGAUCAUGACAAAAGUUAAAAUUAGAAUUCAAAACAUUAACAACACAGACAGAGCAACAGCUAUACUGACAAGCGACAUUUUAGAUGCCAUAACAACAAUGGACGAGAUGGAUAAAGACAACAGAAAAAAGGAAACCAUAGGUGUUUUUGGAAAGACGGGAGAAGGAAAGAGCUCCCUCUUCAAUGCAAUCUUGGGAAUAGAUUAUUUACUGCCAUCUGGUAGUUUUGGUGCCUGUACAUCUGCUGUUACUCAGGUUGAAGCCAAUCUGGCUGACUCCAACUACAUAGCAGAGAUUGAACUCAUCUCCAAAGAGCAAUGGGAAGAUGAGAUUGCUUUAACUGACAAAAGUAUCGGAACUGUUAAAGAAAGGAUCACUGCAGUGUAUGGACAGGGUGCAGAUAUGAAAACAGUGGAGGAACUUAAGAAAGAUGACAAAUAUGCUGAAAUUGAAACAGUUUUGUCAACAAAAACAAAAACAAUUUCACACUCUAAAGUCUCUGAAUUUUCCAGGGAUGUUGCACGUUACAUACAACAUAGUGAGUCGAGUCCUGGUGGCUGGUACUGGCCACUUGUAAAGAGUGUGAAGAUCAAGAUUCCAAACUGUCAAGAACUCCUGGAACACAUUGUUCUUGUUGAUAUUCCUGGAACUGGAGACUGCAACAAGAUAAGAGAUGACAUGUGGAAAUCUACACUGAGAGAGUGCUCUUCUGUGUGGAUUGUUAGUGGCAUCAAGCGAGCAAUCACUGAAACAGACCCCUGGGGGAUUUUAAAGCACUGCAUUCAAGACUUGGGACCAGGUGGAGAAUGCAAAAACAUCAACUUCAUCUGUACCAGAACUGAUAACAUUAAUCCAACAGAAUACCUAAGAUCUCUUGGACACUCUGGAGACCAAAUACCUUUAGACAAGAACCUGAAAACAGAGUGCAUACUUCAUAGGAACAAGUGUGCAAAGGAAAAUGUGAAAAAGAAGUUUGAAAAUCUUGAAAUCAUGAAUUUAAAAGCGAGAUUCAUCACUGAUGUUUUCACUGUCAGCUCCAAGGGCUACUUAGAGAAAAAUCCACAUCUGGAUCCUAUUAAAACAGAAAUCCCAAAGCUGCAGGAUGUUCUGAAGAACACUAACAGGAGCAUUAACCGACAACUGACCAGAGAUUAUAUCAAUAAAGCAAAAGGAGUUUUGUCCUUGAUCCAGAGUGUCCAACUGGAUACAGAUGUAAAUAUGGCAGAGAUAAAAUAUAUAGUCCAUAAAGAUUUGGAGGAGAGCCUAGUAAAGGCACUGAAUGAUUUGGAUCAUCAUUUUGACUCGUCUUAUAAGAUUUUGGAUGAAUGUCUCACAAAAGGAGUAGAGGAAUCUGUGGAACUGUGUGUUAAAACCACAAAGUCAAUGAUGGCAUCUGUUGCACCUGAUGAUAAAAGGGGAUUCCAUAAAACCCUUCAAGCAUUAUACAAGAAUAAAGGAUGCUAUUGGCCAAAAAACUGGGAUGCACCCCUAGAUCUAAACAUGAUCUUGGCCAAACACAUGCAUGACAACAUCGAUAAGGAGUUUAAUUCUAUUUUUCCGAAUGAUGCCAAUAUCAAAACAGGGAUAUCAGUGCAAGAACAAAUUGCUAAAUUCAGUAUCAUCCAGAGUGGCACUGAUUACUUACCAUCUUCCAUGCUAUACCACAUGGAAAACUUCAUCAAAACAGAGGAAACCAGAGUGAAGGCAGCGCUCAAAAGAGAAGUUGUUUAUAGAAAGAAGGAAAUCUACUCAUCAAUUCAAACAACAAUUCAGAAUCAAAUGACUACUGGCUAUGAACAAGCUGCAAAGUUGAAAGGAAAUAAAGCCAUGGAGAAGAGGGAAAACAUAAUAAUGGCAACAAUUGAAUUGGAAAAAUACAACAUGUAUAAAAAUGCACAAAUGAAAGUGCUGAAUGAGUUCAUGCUCUUAAAGUGCUAUAUAUGCAAGACCUUAGAAAAUGAGCUAAAGGGAUCAGUGGAACGCUCAUUUCCUCAAACCAGCAAAACCACCCUGAUGGAUGUCUCCAGAGAGAUUAACAAGCUGGAGAAACUGUCAAAGCAGCUAUCUGACUGAAAUCAUCAUUUAAAAAUGAGGACAAGAGAAACAGCAUCUCAGCAUUUUCAGUUAUUUCAGGAUAAAAGCAUUUGUGACCCUGGACCACAAAACCUGUAAUAAGUUGCAUGGGUAUAUUUGUAGCAAUAGCCAACGAUACAUUGUAUGGAUCAAAAUUAUUGAUUUUUCUUUUAAGCCAAGUAAAAAUCAUGUUC